AUGAAAAUUGACAGUAAACCGUUGCGCUACGCUCAUGCUGAGGGUCAUACAGAUGUAUGCUAUACUGAAGAUGGAAGGCAUAUAAUAACAUGUGGUCACGAUGGUGAUGUAAGAAUUUGGUUGGAUAUUGAGGAUGAUGAUCCCAAUUCCCACUGUGUUGGAGAAAGUGCACUUGCUGUAUGCUUUAAGGACAACAGGUUAUAUGUGGCAACUGAUAAUCAUGCAGUACAAGCAUAUACUUUUCCUGCAUUUGAUAAAGAUGGGAUUAUAUCACGAUUUACAGCACCAGUUACUCAAAUCAUGUCUAAGCCCAAGAUAGAAUUGGCCCUAAUGGAUGAUAUAUGGGAAAAUAUGGAAGCUAAGAUAUGCAGUUUAGAAGGAGGGGCACCUUUAUUUGUGAUGUCAGAACAUAAAGGUCCUGUGUUAAGUAUUGCAAUUUGUCCUCACAUGAAAUAUGCUAGUACAGCUUCUGGAGAUGGAAUAAUGAGGAUAUGGGAUAUAGACACACAAAAAGUAGUAAAAGAAAUAUCUUGUGUGCCUAAAAUAAAUACAUUUUAUUCUGCUAAAGUUUUAUGUAGAAUGGAUUUUGACCCAACAGAUGGCAAAUAUCUUGCUCAUCCCAAUAACAGAGAAAUUAUAAUUUUGGAUUGUGAAAAUUGGGCUCAACGAAUGACUUUCACACACAGUUCUAUAAAAUGUGCAAUAUCCCAAUGCUUAUUCUCACCAUGUGGACAAUAUUUGGCUGGUAGUACUGUGGCCGGCCAGAUAGCUAUAUGGGAAGUGGAUACUGGAGCAUGCUUGGGCAUUAUUGAACAUCCCACUUCACAUAAUGUAUCAGCUAUGGCUUGGAAUCCAAAAGGCAAUGGGAUUCUGGCGUACUGUGAUGUGGCUGGUCAACUUGGUAUGUUAGUUAACUGCUAUGGUAAAGAAAGUUCCAAGUCGGCAGAAGGUGAUAGUGAAGAUGUUGAAAUGGUUGAUAGGGAUGAGGAUAAUGAUGAAAUAUUAGAUAAUCUAAUAGAGAAUUAUGAAAGUGAUGAUGAGAAUGCAAUAUCAUUGGCGAAAAUUAAAAAUGAUACACUUGGUCUAAUUCAUAAGGAGGAUUCUAGGCCAGAAUCCAGAGUUGCUCCUGUUUCUAUGAAUGUCCCACCACAGCCACCUUUUCAACCUUCCUCUACCCCUGUUCAUUUAGAACAUAGGUAUAUGUGCUGGAACGACAUAGGAAUAGUCCGCUGCCAUACUGCAGCCAAUGGAGAGUCAACAAUAGAUGUGGAGUUCCACGACUCCAACCUUCACCAUGCCAUACAUCUCAACAAUUAUCUAAACCACACCAUGGCUAGCUUAUCGUCUACUGUAUUGGCCUUGGCUUGUGAGACGCCGAGUAAAUUAGUUUGCAUAUCAUUGGUAGGGAGCAGCAAGGAAUGGAGCAUCUCUAUGACAGACACUGAGGAAAUACUUUGCAUAGUAGCUACCAGUGGCCUCGUAGCGUGCGCUACUAAUGCUAGAUUACUUCGGCUAUUCACGCCUAUGGGUACACAGAGACAGGUAAUAUCGCUCGCGGGCCCUGUGGUGGCGUUGACGGGUUUUAACACCACAGUAAUGGCGGUGUAUCACCGCAGCGAGCCCGGCCCUACCGACCAACACCUCGCUAUGGAUAUUAUUGCACUUAACGGCAGACAGGUCCGCAGCAAAACGGUCCCGGUGCCCCUGUCGGCCGGCAGCCGGCUGUCGUGGCUGGGCGCGAGCGCGGCGGGCGCGGCGUGCGGCGGCGACGCGGCGGGCGCGCUGCGGCUGCUGGACGCGGCGGCGGGCGUGUGGCUGCCCGUGUGCGACACCGCCGCGCACUGCAAGGGCGCUUCCGACUCAUGGUUCAUUGUCUCUGUAUGCGAAGUGACUCAGAAGGUUCGUGCGAUACUUUGUAGAGGGACUUCAUUCCCACUUACAGUUCCAAAGCCUAUUAUAAAUGAAUUGCCAAUUCAGAUACCAUUAUGUGAGUUGGAUACAGAGAAAGCUCAGUACGAGGAGCAGCUGGUGCGGUGGGCUCACUUAGAUACUGACGUCGACGUGAAAGCUGCAAGAGAAACUGCAUUGAAACUCUUUGCUCUUGCCUGUCGGAGUGAAAUAGAACAAAGGGCCUUAGAACUCAUGGAGUUACUGAAAGACGACCGACUCUUACCAUUAGCAGCCAAGUAUGCGUCUCGCUUAGGUAGAAUGCACUUGGCCGAGAAGCUAACAAACUUGGCGGAAACUUGGGAAAAGGAUUCUGACCAUUUAAAUGUAGCUCAAAACAAACAUUUUCAAGAACUAGAGACGCAAGAAAACUAUGACGUCACCAGUACAGAGCAAGAGCUGAACGCGAGUUUGAUUAUACCACAAAAAACUAAUAAAAAGAAAAUUGAGUCUGAAACACCGAUAAAACCUGUUCCAAUCAGAUCGUCGCCCGGCGGUGCGCGUAACCCGUUCAAGAAGCAACAAGAAGCGGUCAAAGCAGCGCAAAGUCCGCUCAGCCUCACGGACAGGACGCUGGUCGAGGUGCAUUCAACUGAGGAACCUAUAGAGAGUGCUGCUGAUUCCCUCAAACCCAACGACGGAGAGACCUUCGUAGACUGGUUCUCUCGUAACAAGUCUCUGUUAGAACAACAAAACCCUCAGCUGACUCCCUCAGAACUGACACGUCAUUGCGUGAGGAAAUUUAAAGAUCUUCAAACAAAGAAUACGGAAAGUAGUCAAAAACGGAAAAUUGAUGAAGAAGUGGACGAGACUCCAGUUACUAGCGCUCCGAAGCAGUCUAAGCUUAGUGCAUUUGCUUUCUCUAAAAAGACU